AUGUCUACUCUCAGUAUUAUAGGUUCAAGCUCACUUAUUGCUUAUACUAUAAUCCAGAAUAUACAGAAGUCUCUAGAGAUGAGGUCACUCUUUUAUUUGAGCUUCUCAGACCUCCUCCUGGGAAUAUACAGACUUAUUGAGGCGCUUCUCUAUGGAAGCUCGGCAGCCAAUAAAGACAUUGUCUGCUAUAACCUGCAAGCAGUCGGACAGGUAUUCUACAUGUCAUCAUUUUUCUACACCGCCAAUUAUAUCUGGUACCUGUGCAAAGAAAUGAGGAUGAAACAUAAACAGAGCAGACAAAGCAGAACUCCACCAGUUAUAGAUGAUACUUAUAAAAUUGGUCAAAUAGCCUUAAUUUUUUCCAGCCUGAUACCUCUACUGUUGAUGACACCUGUAUUCUGUCUGGGCAAUGUGAGUGAAUGUUUCUACAACUUCAGUCAGAACUACAGGUGUAUCCUGGUGCACUCGCCACCACCAUUAGCCAUGAGUGAACUACUGCUGUCGGCCAACUCAUCAGUCUGUAGCAUACUGCAUUUUUAUAGAGUGUCCAUUUUCAUGGCCAGUUUUCUACUAAGCCUCAUUUUAAUUGUGGUCUUACUCGUCCAAGCCCAGACACUACGUCAGGAGUGGGUGAGAUCAGCCGGCUUUCUGGGGAAUGAACAGUCAGCAGUGAUUCACAUCGUGAAGCAGCGAGUGUGUCUCUAUCCAGUGGCUUUCUUUUGCUGCUGGGUCCCAGCUGUCAUCCUAAUGAUUAUAGAGCUGACUGAGCCUCGGAACACCAAGCUUCACUUGGCCCUCUGUGUUCUCCAGGCUCUCUCAACAUCAUCCCAGGGCCUGCUCAACUGUGCAGUAUUUGUCUGGACACAGUACAAGUUCUACCAACUAAAGCAAGAGACUCAGCGCGAUGCAGACACCCAGACACCAUUAUUGUCCUCCCAGAAGAGAUUCUAUAACAGAGGACUAGAACCCUUGGAGUCUGCUCUUGCUUUUCCGACAGAUACCUCCACUAUUCUUUGA